AAAAAACUUACAAUCACAGCAACAAGUAAUAAACACAAACAAGUUAUGACACUCCCGUUGCAGUAUUAGUUUGCGUCAAUAUGUUAAAUUAUAGUACAAUAAUAUAAGCUGGAUAAAUUACACAUUACACUUAGUUUCUUUGCGAGCGUCGACGCAGAAACAUCUACGUUAAGUAUCCAACAAUGAUACCAGACAUGUCAAAUUUUUGCAUCUACGGGGCAGUAUUAACCAGUCUUAUAACAACGUUUUAUUUAUACAUCAAAUAUAAACAUAAAUAUUGGUCGCGCAAAGGAGUUUAUACACCUCCAGUGCAUUGGUUAUUUGGACAUUUUAAAAAUUGUAUUAUGCAGCGUACGUCGUCGCCGCAAAUGCUAGCUGAUAUGUAUAAUAGUUGCAAUGAAUCGGUCGUCGGUAUUUACAUAUUUCAAAAACCAUUUCUCAUAGUGCGCAGUCCCGAAGUUCUUAAGCAUAUCUUCAUUAAGGACUUCAACUUCUUUCCGAACCAUUAUUUCGCUUCGAAGCGGAAGAACGAUGUACUUGGCAGCUCGAAUCUUUUUUCUAUUGAUAAUCCCAAAUGGAAGUAUUUGAGAAAUAAGAUGUCGCCGAUUUUUACGACUGGCAAGCAGAAGCACUUGUUCAAUCAAAUAUUGAAGAUCUCAGAGAAUUUCAAGCAAUAUAUAGUGGACCAUUUAGACAACGGCAAACAAUCUACUAUUAAUAUCAAAGAUGGUGCAUCCAAAUUCACGACAGACGUCAUUUCAUCGCUGAGUUUUGGAAUUUCGACCAAUUCAUUCGAGAAACCCGAACCCGAAUUUUUCGUUCGCAGUCGUACACCUUUCAUUCUGAGUUUUAGGGGUGCAAUACAAUUGUUUGCAAAUUUCUUUUUCCCAAAGUUAAAUGACAUAUUCGGCUUCACAUUCUUUGGAAAAGAAACCGAAUACUUUAGAAAAAUAUUUAGCCUAUCCAUGAAGAACCGGGAGGAGUCAGGAUAUAAAAGGGGUGAUGUGAUAGAUGUAAUGCUGGAUAUAAAAAAAGAAAAAAAUCCAGAUUUUGAAUUUGAAGAUGAUGAACUUUUGGCUCAGUCAGCGAUAAUUUUAGUGGCUGGUCUUGAGACAAGUUCAGUGACAAUAUCUUUUGCACUCUAUGAACUCGCAAUGCAACCGAGUUUACAAGCAAAAAUACGUGAAGAAAUUAAAAAAAAAAUUGGUGACGAUAAACUCAAUUAUGAACACAUUUCUGAAAUGAAAUAUGUAAAUCAAGUUGUAUCGGAGACGCUUAGACUGUAUCCACCUGUUCCAUUGAUCGAUCGAAUCUCCGUUGAGGAUUAUAAGAUACCUGAAACUGAUAUCGUCCUCGACAAAGAAACCGCUGUUUUUGCUAGUGUAAUUGGAUUACACACAGAUCCUAAAUAUUUUACUAAUCCAUUUAAAUAUGAUCCUGACCGAUUUUCCGACGAACGGAUAUCCGAUAUGACACCAGGUACUUACAUACCUUUUGGAAUUGGACCAAGAACGUGUAUAGGUAUGCGUACUGGUAUAUUAAUGAGUAUGGUUGGAUUGAUAACAAUUUUAAGAGAAUACGAAGUGUCGAUAAAUUCAAAUUAUAAAUGUGAAGUAAACAAGCGUAGUAUAUUUACGGCUCCACUUAACGGAGUCAAUUUGUAUUUCAAAAGAUCUCCAAUAGUUCAUUAAAAUGCUUUUUAUUAUA